AUGGCCAUGCACCGUCAACGGUCCUUUGUCUCCCCGUUGUUUGACCGAUUGGCUGUGCGCCGAGCAUCGGCCAGCGGCGAUAUCGUCAACUUGGUUCUCGACAGCAGUGGCCCUAAUCAUGUGGUAAGAUUUUACGGCCGUUUUCCUGCUCGAGAUUUGGUGACGGAAUUUGGCGGCAAGUCAUCAGCGGCCUGGGCCUUGCCCUUUUAUUACUCGGCUCAGGGACGACGACGACGAGUCUUGGUGGUGCGUGAGCAUCUCACGAUUGAGCAUGGGUGCUCUCUCACCUCACGCACCCCCACGGAGCGGCACAAGGGCUACUGCGCCAGCGGCCGUUGCGACGUUGGCACCCAGGCAGCGACCCCCAUGUACAAACAUUUGGCCCGUGGGUUUCCCGGCCCAUCUCCAUCCGUCGCAAUUCGUGGUACGUGGGCGUGCACGUCAAGUCGAGCCUUGCCACCUUAGAUGUAUAUGUACAUACGGUCCUGCACCGAAAGUUGUGCAUAGAAGUGGAAAGGGAACGGCAAAGGAAAAGAGAUGACUCGUCUUUUACUCGUACGAUGACAGCGCAUGACAAGAAAAAACUGAG